GCUGCGAGACCAGCGGCGGCCCACAGAGAGCCUCGCAGAUCGAGAAAGACACGGUGGACUCCAUUGCUGUCCCGAGUGCGUUUCUCGCCGGACUUGGUGUCGCCCGUUACUGCGUGUCUGCUCCGCGCCGCUCGUGCACGUCGAACAAGUUUCAGUCCCCGCCCGGCCCGAUUCGGCGAGCCGACCGACCGACGUACCGGAGGUUGUGAUUAGGUACACUCUUGUUGUCCAGUGUGCGGGGUAAACGCGUGUGUUAACGCGGCCGGAGUCUUCUCGCGCGUGACCGGGACGUGAAAAGAUAAGAGAGGAGCCACGAUGGCUGACCAACUCACAGAGGAACAAAUCGCAGAGUUUAAGGAGGCGUUCUCGCUAUUCGAUAAAGACGGCGAUGGUACCAUAACCACCAAAGAAUUGGGCACGGUCAUGCGGUCCCUCGGUCAAAAUCCCACAGAAGCCGAACUACAGGACAUGAUUAACGAGGUAGACGCGGAUGGUAACGGCACAAUCGACUUCCCGGAGUUCUUGACCAUGAUGGCGCGUAAAAUGAAGGACACGGAUAGCGAGGAAGAGAUUAGAGAGGCCUUCAGAGUGUUCGAUAAGGAUGGAAAUGGUUUCAUAUCCGCGGCGGAACUUAGACACGUCAUGACAAAUCUGGGCGAGAAACUCACUGAUGAGGAAGUAGAUGAAAUGAUACGGGAGGCCGAUAUCGACGGCGACGGCCAAGUUAACUAUGAAGAAUUCGUCACAAUGAUGACAUCAAAGUGAAUGCAACCUGUGUAACGGAAGAACUCGCGACUCGGAGUGGUGUUGACGUAAUUAAAUAAAUCAAGAAACAGAAAAAAACAUGUAACAAAACGAGAAUCAACCGGAAAGUGACAAAUCUUGUAUCAGGAAGUACGAAGAUGUCUAUAAAAGCGCGAAGAGUCAACGUCCGAUACCGCGUUAAAAUCAUCGUUUAACGAUAAGUAAUACAGGGCAAUUAAUUGUUUAAUUAAAGAGUUAUACCACUAAAAUCAUUAUCUCUCAAAACACAAAUAUUUACGCGUGUAUACAAAACACACACCCACACACGUACGAACGCAACACGCUCCAAGAGUAUACACACGUACAAACACUCAUUACAUAUACACACAUUUCACUCGGGUGUCCUUAUUUCCAUUGGAUAAAGCAAAUUUGGAAAUGAGAUAAACGC